AUGGAAAGACUUAAAUCUCUUAAGAGUAUCCAUCAAAUUCCCAUUAUUGCCAUCCUAGAGCCUUUUUCUGAUAGCAUUCAGAUUCAGUACUUCAGAAAUCAACUCAACAUGGACCAUGCUAUUAGUAAUCCAAAUGACCCUCAAGAAAAGUUGGGAGGUGUCACUUACAAUAUGAAAAAGAGCCUUGAGUUCAUCAGCAUCAUAGAAGCCUGUGGACUACAAGAUCUUGGGUUUUGUGGUCAGAGAUACACUUGGUCUAAUCUAAGGGGUAUAAUGUUCAGAAUCUGGAAGAGACUUGACAGAGGAAUGGUCAACGAUAAGUGGCUAGAGAUGAUGUCUCAGACUACCAUUACUCAUCUACCCUCUGUGGGUUCAGAUCACUGCCCCUUACUGCUGGAGAUGACUGAUCAAAACCAACAACACACCAAAUAUUUCAAAUUCCUUAACUGCUGGACAGAACAACCAUCUUUCUUGGAUACUGUUAGUAAUUGCUGGAACAGGACCAUGGAGGGUAAUCCAAUGUGGUGUUUCCAUCAGAAAAUGAAGAGGUUGGCAGCCACUCUUAGUACUUGGUCCAGAUUGCAAUUUGGUGAUAUAUAUGCCAAAGUUAAAGAAUGUGAAGACAAGACUAGACAUGCAGAGGAAGAGCUAAUCUCUAGUAAUUCUGAAGAGAACAGAACAAAGCUCCAUGCCAUCAAUGCAGAGUAUAUAAAAUACCUGAAACUGGAGGAAUCCAUGCUAAAGCAAAAAACUCAGUUGCAUUGGUUCAAAGAGGGUGAUGUGAAUUCCAAGUAUUUUCAUGCCUUGAUAAGAGGAAGGAGGAGGAAAUUAUACAUCCAUAAGAUCCAGAAUGAGGAUGAUAAUUGGGUACAAGGUGAAGAAAACAUAGCCAAAGCUGCAUGUGAACACUUCCAAGCCAUUUUCACUGGUGAGGAGACACAAAUUCAGGAGCAUACCCUCCAAUGUAUUCCCAGGAUGGUCACUGAUGAGCAUAACAGAAACCUGAAAGCUAUCCCUACAAUGGAGGAGUUGAGAACUGUAGUGUUUUUAAUGAAUCCCAAUUCAGCUGCUGGACCUGAUGAAAUGAAUGGCAAGCAUGGAUUCUUUCAUUCCACAAGAGGCCUUAAGCAAGGGGAUCCAUUAUCACCAGCUUUGUUUAUCAUAGGUGCUGAAGUCCUCUCCAGGCUCAUGAACAACCUUCAUCAACACUCCCAAUAUCAUGGUUUCCUGAUGGCUAAAAAGGGCCCUCAAAUUAAUCAUCUCAGUUUUGCAGAUGACAUCAUCAUAUUCUCAUCUGGAAGAUCUCAUACCUUGAAGCUUAUCAUGGAGACACUACAUACCUAUGAGCAUGCUUCAGGCCAAUUGAUCAACAGAGACAAGAGUAACUUCAUGGUACCCUCAAAUGCCUUCAACUCUACUGUUAGAAGAAUCAAGAAAGUUACAGGCUUCAAGCAAAAGAACAGCCCUAUCACAUAUCUGGGGUGUCCUCUUUACAUUGGUAGACAGAGGAUCAUCUAUUAUUCUGAGCUUAUAGCUAAAGUUGUGGCUAGGAUAGCUGGAUGGCAGGGGUGGAAGAAUGAAAGGAGGAAAUAUCAUUGGUCUUCUUGGAAGAAUCUGAGUUAUCCCUAUGAAGAGGGUGGUAUUGGAGUGAGACUAAUAUCAGAUGUUGCCAAGUCUUUCCAAUACAAACAAUGGUGGAUAUUCAGAACUAAGAAUUCCUUAUGGAGUGAGUUCCUCAAAGCUAAGUACUGUCAGAGGUCAAAUCCUAUAACCAAAAAAUGGCACACAGGACAGUCUCUGAUAUGGAAGCACCUCAUGAAGAACAAGCACAAUGUUGAGCCUCAUAUCCAAUGGCAGAUACAGUCUGGUUCUUGCCUCUUUUGGUGGGAUAAUUGGUUGGGAGUUGGCCCCUUAGCUAAUUUCAGGUCAGCCAGUAGUAGACAGAACAAUACUAAGGUGUCUUCUUUCAUGAUUAAUGGUCAAUGGAAUGUAGAACUGGUCUCUCAGAAAGCACCUCCUCAGUUUGUACCUAGCAUCCUGGCAAGUAACAUCAACUAUCAGCCCCACAAACUUGAUCAGGCCUCUUGGAAGCCUAAUAGCAGUGGGGAAUUUAGUUGUUCUUCUGCCUGGGAACUUAUCAGGGACAAAAGGAGUAAGACAAGAAUUAACUCUCAAACAUGGCACAAACACAUUCCUUUUAAGUGUUCCUUCCUACUCUGGAGAGCACUUAGAGGGAAACUACCUACUAAUGAAAAACUUAUCAGCUUUGGAGAAGCCCCAGCCCAAUGUUACUGUUGCCAUAGAGCUGGUUUGGAUACCAUUGACCAUAUAUUUGUUUCUGGAAACUUUGCCAGGAAGGUUUGGAGUGUAUUUUCUGAUUCUCUGGGUAUUAGUAAAGAAUACACACCCCUUAGAAACCUGAUGAUGAGGUGGUGGUCCAGUAAUUACAAUAAUGAGGUCCAUAAACUUAUCCUACAAGCAACUCCAAUCUUCAUAUGUUGGAACCUAUGGAAAAAUAGAUGUGCCAUCAAAUAUGGAGGGAAGCAGUCCAAUAUUACAAAAGUGAUCUACUCAGUCUUCAAGGAUAACUUCAACCUUCUAAGCACUACCUACUCCUAUAUCAGCUGGCCAAAUAGAUGGAAGGAACUGGUCCUUCUUGUGGAAAAAUGUACUAAUGAAGUUAAUGUUAGUACUGUCUACUGGAGGAAACCUUCAGCUCACAUGGUGAAGCUGAACACUGAUGGUAGUGCACUUCACAACCCUGGAAAAAUAGGAGGGGGAGGAUUGCUAAGGAACAAUCAAGGAGAUCUUCUCUUUGCUUUCUCAACCCCUUUUGGAGAAGGUACAAACAACCAAUCUGAAAUAUUGGCAGCCAUCUUUGGUUUGACUUGGUGUCUCCAAUUAGGAUAUACUAAAGUGAUCCUUGAAGUGGACUCUGAGCUAGUAAUCAGAUGGAUAAAACACCUAGCUCAACCACCAUGGACUGUCAGAACACAACUCCAACAGCUGCAGGACAUCAGUCAUCAAUUCCAGGUUUUCAAAUGCAGCCACACUUACAGAGAAGCCAAUUUUACAGCUGAUGUUUUGUCCAAACAUAGCCACAAAUGCACUACUCCACAGAUAUAUCUCAAUAAACAAGAGCUUCCCAAAGAGGUAAGAGCUUACUUUGAGCUUGACAAACUGGAAAUGGCCAACUUCAGAAGAAGAAGGCUUAAGAGAAUCAAGAAGCCACCAUGA